GCUCCAAUCGAAUUGAUCUGGUUCAGGCUCCAGUCCAAUUGUCGUCCACAUUUCCUGAUCCAAUCUCGUUGAUCUAAUCCUACUCUGCUGUGUUUGCGGUCCAGCUUUGCUUUGCUUUUGCUUUUCUCAUCCUUUGUCAUCGCUCUGCUCUAUAUAAACCAUUGCUUUUCUCUUCUGUUCUUCUUCAUUUCUUACCACAUCUCUUGUCCCAACAUCCUCUCAAUUGUCCCCAGCACCACGCACCACAAUCAGCUGCACUUUCCGGCUGUCCCCUCCCCCCCAGAAUCGUUCCUUAACUGUCCAAUUCCUCUCCAAUGACUGUCUUUGUCGCUACUCUUUUUCUUCCAUACACUGUCGAGUUCCAAAUUGAAUCUCCAAAGCUGUUCAAUGUCAAUUUGGCCUCUCCCCUACCUUCCUCUCAGUCCUCAUCAUCCUCCAAUUCGAAAGCUUCCGAUGCCACUAUUAAUCGCAAUCUACAAAACUUAAAAUUGGUUAAUAACGAAAACAUAGAUACCAUAACUGACAAAAGAAACAAAAACACCAUUGCCGAUGUUUCCAAGAUCCGCAAUCCAAACUCCGCCCAGUUGAAUUCCUCUUUGCUCGCUUCUGCUCCAAUUAACAAUGUCAACAUCAAAUCAAAUCAAUUCAACAAAUUCACUAAAAAAAAUGCUCCCGACAAUAGCUUAGAGAAAACAACCUUAGAAUUCCAAAGAAUUCCUCUAAAGAGAUCUCAAACUGCUCCAAUUAACCCAACUUUGAACUCUGCGGAAAAUUUCUUCAUCAACAACAUCAAAAACACCAUCAUUGAAAACCCUGAAAACUUGCUAAAACAAUCCUCUUCCUCAACCACCUUGUCGGAUUUAAUCUUGGCCGAAUCAGAAUCCUCAAUCAUUCAAACUUCAGAUCAAAUUCCUUACAACUUGAAUCGUUCCUCCUCAAAUCUAAACCUAUACAUUCAACCAAAAUCAAGAUACAACUCCCUAAAGAAUUCCUCUUCAAACAUUGUCGAUUUAUCCUAUCUUCAAAAGGCAAUCAAUUCUACAAAUGAUCUAGUCAAACUAAACAGAAAACCCUUAUUGAAAAAGGCUUUUACCUCCAAUGAAAACCCAAACGCCCACCAAAACUUGGUUAAAGUAGACUCAUACUCCAGCAUUACCUCCCUCUCAACUGACUCUUUAAAAGAAUUGGAGAAAACACAAUUGAAAAUUCAAAAAAAUUUCGACAACAACUUGAUCAACAUUGAAAAUAAAAACAACGCUCUAAAUUUCGCUCCCUUCGGUGGUCUAUCUCAUCCCCAAGUUCAAAACCUCCUACUAAACCAAUCACAAUCUCAAUUGCAAGCUCAAUCUCAAAAUAUCUUUGAAAAUGCUCCCUGGUCAAUCAUUGACUACAAAAAGGGCAAUGGUGGUUUGAGAAACGCUGUCAAUUCUUAUUUCUUGGAUCAAAACCCCAAUUCCUCAUUUAAAUGGGUCGGAACAGUUGGCAUGCCAACUGAUGAAUUGCUAGACAAAACUAAAUCCAAAAUCCAAAAAUCCCUUAUUCAAAACUUCAACUCAAUCCCUGUUUUCCCUGAUGACUACACCUUCCAAGGUCACUACAAAAACUUUUGUAAACAAAUCUUGUGGCCAACUUUUCACUACCAAGUCCCUGAUAAUCCAAGAUCAAAAGCCUUUGAAGAUCACUCGUGGGAAUACUAUAAAUCUCUAAAUCAAUUAUUCGCUGACCAAAUCAUCGAUAACUACGGUCAUGGUGACAUCAUCUGGGUUCAUGACUACCAUCUCUUAUUAUUGCCCCAAAUGAUUAGAGAAAAAUUGCCCUAUGCCAAAAUCGGCUUUUUCCUCCAUGCUUCUUUUCCUUCUUCCGAAGUAUUCAGAUGUUUAGGCCAAAGAAAAAACUUGCUAUUGGGUAUACUAGGAGCAAAUUGCAUAACUUUCCAAACAAGCGAAUAUGCCCUACAUUUCUUGCAAACUUGCAACAGAAUUCUAUUGGCUGACUUUUCAAAUGACGGAUUUUUAAGAUAUGACGGCAAAAUCAUCGAAGUCAACUACUCUUCCGUUGGAAUUGAUAUCAACAAAUUAAAAAUACAACUAAAAGACGAAAAUGUCAUACAAUGGAGGAAACUAAUUAAAGAAAAAUGGUUAAAUAAAAAAUUAAUUGUCGGUAGAGACAAAUUUGACCGAAUCAGGGGUGUUAAACAAAAAUUAUUAGCUUAUGAAAAAUUCUUGAAAGAAAAUCCCAACUACAUUGACGAAGCAGUUCUAAUUCAAAUCUGUCUAAAAUCAUCGGCUUAUGACAAAGAUCUAGAGAUUGAAGUGAUGCAAAUCGUUGAUAGAAUUAAUUCUUUAACCACAAAUAUAUCAAUCUCUCAGCCAGUGGUUUUCCUACAUCAAGAUAUUGACUUUCAACAGUAUUUAGCAUUGAUCUCUGAAGCAGAUACAUUUAUUGUAUCAACAAUGAGAGAAGGAAUGAAUUUAACAUGCCAUGAAUUCAUUGUUGCAAGCAAGGAAAAAAAAUCACCUUUAAUAUUGUCUGAAUUCACUGGAUCGGCUGAAAUAUUUAAAAAGGGAGCAAUCUUGAUUAACCCAUGGGACAUUGAAAAUCUAUCAAACAGUUUCUAUAAGGCGUUGCACCUUGAAGAAGAAGAAAAAGUCAAAAGCUGGGAAAUAUUGGACGAUAUUUUAGAAAAACAAGACUGCAAUACCUGGGUUCAAGAAUGUAUUGAGUCGAUUGAAUUGUCAUGGGAAAAACAAGAAGAAAGAAGAGUCACCAAUAUGAUGUCAUUGAACUCUACAAGUUUUUUCAACAAGUAUCUAGAAAUUGAGAACAAUAAGGACAACAAUUUUGGCGACAAAAGAGUAAUUAUACUAAAUCUCGAGACAUCGUCAAACACAUCCAGCAUUGUCAACAAAACCUUAAGGAACACACUUCCAGUUGAGACUCAAAGAACGUUAAAGGUGCUAUCCGAUUUGACAUCUGAUGCUAGAAAUGUUGUAUUUGUGAUGAGUUAUAACAUGAGAUCUGAUUUAGACUUGAUGUACCGUAGAGUUUCAAACUUGGGGUUGAUUGCAGAAAAUGGAGCAUAUGUGAAGUUGCCAAAUUCAACAAGCUGGGUGUCAAUUGUAGACGAGAAAGAAUUGAAUUGGAUGGACUCGGUGACUGAAGUUAUUAGGUCGAUGAUUGAAAGACUACCAGGGUCGUAUCUUGAGUUGGAAGAGUGCACAUUAAGGUUCCACACAGAAAAAGUGGAGGAUACUGAGAGAGCGAUGUCGACCAUCAGUGACUGUAUAACACACGUCAACGACUUAUUCAGCAAAGAUGGUGUUCACGCAACUCUGGUGAAGUACAUUGUUGUGAUCCAACAGGGCGACUUGGCUCUAAAGGCAAUAUCAUUUAUCAUGGACUCGCUACAAAAGGGAGAAUUGGAGUUGGGAAACAAGUACAGAUUGAUGCCAGCAUCGAAUUCCCCAUCAGUGAGAUCUUCGCCAAUUGCGCAGCCAGACGUGGAAAUAUAUCCAAACAACGGGAACAACACCUUGGAACAGAAUCUCUUGAACUUGAACUACUUGACCAAAAAGUUGAACUCAGGGAAAAUUGAAUUAUUGAUGCUAGCCGCAGGGUCCAACUCGUUAAUAGAACCCAUCUUCGAGUAUGGCAACGAACUCUACAAGGAAAAGAAGAUCAACGACGUUUUCACGGUUUCCAUUGGGCAGAGCAGCGGGACCAGUGCCAUUGCCAGCGUCGAAGGUGUGAAUGAGUUGCUUUCCAUCUUGUCAAAGGUCAGCACACUAUAAACAGGACUAGACACACGUAUGCUUGAUUUCCUAUUUACAUAUCUGCUUAUUUAAACACUUGCCUAUUUACAUAUUCAUCUAUAUACAUACACACAUACACAUAUACGCCGAUUAUCCACCAAUCAUCCCUGGCACCAUUCCAACACCCAACACCAACAUCUUACACCCAGUCGGGGCACCAGAGAUAAGCCCGAUAAGGAUGCCGCCGCUGG